AUGUCCCUGAACCCCAACUACUCUGCCCCUCCGGAGUCCCUGAACCCCAGCUACUCUGCCCCUCCGGUGUCUCUGAACCCCAGCUACUCUGCCCCUCCCGUGUCCCUGAACCCCAGCUACUCUGCCCCUCCCGUGUCCCUGAACCCCAACUACUCUGCCCCUCCUGUGUCCCUGAACCCCAGCUACUCUGCCCCUCCCGUGUCCCUGAACCCCAGCUACUCUGCCCCUCUCGUGUCCCUGAACCCCAACUACUCUGCCCCUCCCGUGUCCCUGAACCCCAGCUACUCUGCCUCUCCCGUGUCCCUGAACCCCAGCUACUCUGCCCCUCCCGUGUCCCUGAACCCCAGCUACUCUGCCCCUCUCGUGUCCCUGAACCCCAACUACUCUGCCCCUCCCGUGUCCCUGAACCCCAGCUACUCUGCCCCUCUCGUGUCCCUGAACCCCAGCUACUCUGCCCCUCCUGUGUCCCUGAACCCCAACUACUCUGCCACUCCUGUGUCCCUGAACCCCAGCUACUCUGCCCCUCCUGUGUCCCUGAACCCCAGCUACUCUGCCCCUCCCGUGUCCCUGAACCCCAACUACUCUGCCCCUCCCGUGUCCCUGAACCCCAACUACUCUGCCCCUCUCGUGUCCCUGAACCCCAGCUACUCUGCCCCUCCGGAGUCCCUGAACCCCAGCUACUCUGCCCCUCCGGUGUCUCUGAACCCCAGCUACUCUGCCCCAUCCGUGUCCCUGAACCCCAGCUACUCUGCCCCUCCCGUGUCCCUGAACCCCAACUACUCUGCCCCUCCUGUGUCCCUGAACCCCAGCUACUCUGCCCCUCCCGUGUCCCUGAACCCCAGCUACUCUGCCCCUCCUGUGUCCCUGAACCCCAGCUACUCUGCCCCUCCUGUGUCCCUGAACCCCAGCUACUCUGCCCCUCUCAUGUCCCUGAACCCCAGCUACUCUGCCCCUCCUGUGUCCCUGAACCCCAGCUACUCUGCCCCUCCCGUGUCCCUGAACCCCAACUACUCUGCCCCUCUCAUGUCCCUGAACCCCAACUACUCUGCCCCUCCGGAGUCCCUGAACCCCAGCUACUCUGCCCCUCCGGUGUCUCUGAACCCCAGCUACUCUGCCCCUCCCGUGUCCCUGAACCCCAGCUACUCUGCCCCUCCCGUGUCCCUGAACCCCAACUACUCUGCCCCUCCUGUGUCCCUGAACCCCAGCUACUCUGCCCCUCCCGUGUCCCUGAACCCCAGCUACUCUGCCCCUCCCGUGUCCCUGAACCCCAGCUACUCUGCCCCUCUCGUGUCCCUGAACCCCAACUACUCUGCCCCUCCCGUGUCCCUGAACCCCAGCUACUCUGCCCCUCUCGUGUCCCUGAACCCCAGCUACUCUGCCCCUCCUGUGUCCCUGAACCCCAACUACUCUGCCACUCCUGUGUCCCUGAACCCCAGCUACUCUGCCCCUCCUGUGUCCCUGAACCCCAGCUACUCUGCCCCUCCCGUGUCCCUGAACCCCAACUACUCUGCCCCUCCCGUGUCCCUGAACCCCAGCUACUCUGCCCCUCCCGUGUCCCUGAACCCCAGCUACUCUGCCCCUCUCGUGUCCCUGAACCCCAGCUACUCUGCCCCUCCGGUGUCCCUGAACCCCAGCUACUCUGCCCCUCCGGUGUCCAGCUACUCUGCCCCUCCCGUGUCUCUGAACCCCAGCUACUCUGCCCCUCCUGUGUCCCUGAACCCCAACUACUCUGCCCCUCCCGUGUCCCUGAACCCCAGCUACUCUGCCCCUCCCGUCUACUCUGCCCCUCCCGUGUCCCUGAACCCCAGCUACUCUGCCCCUCCCGUGUCCCUGAACCCCAGCUACUCUGCCCCUCUCGUGUCCCUGAACCCCAGCUACUCUGCCCCUCCCGUGUACCUGAACCCCAGCUACUCUGCCCCUCCCGUGUCCCUGAACCCCAGCUACUCUGCCCCACCCGAGUCCCUGAACCCCAACUACUCUGUCCCUCCCGUGUCCCUGAACCCCAGCUACUCUGCCCCUCCCGUGUCCCUGAACCCCAGCUACUCUGCCCCUCCCGUGUCCCUGAACCCCAUCUACUCUGCCCCUCCUGUGUCCCUGAACCCCAGCUACUCUGCCCCACCUGUGUCCCUGAACCCCCAACUACUCUGCCCCACCCGUGUCCCUGAACCCCCAACUACUCUGCCCCUCCCGUGUCCCUGA